AUGGCGGCACCUGCUCUUCCCCCUCCCCCAGUCCAGUUUGAAGACUGCACGGGAUGGAAGCUGGCACAGUACAGCGCGGAGGAUGCCAACUUCAGGGUGCUGGCAGACGGCACGGUCCUGGUGAGGCACCACACAAGGCUGCGCGGGGGCGAGAGGACUUUCGUGGUGCGGGCCUGGGAUGCCACCGGCAGCAAAUCCUCAGCCGUGGUGACGGUGAGAAGCAAACGCCGUCGUUCACCACAGAGAGAGUCCGAUCCUGCCAGCCUGGUGGAGGUGCAAAGGUUUCCAGGGGCCAGGCCUGGCCCGAAGCGGCAGAAGAGGGAUUGGGUGAUCCCGCCCAUAAAAGUCCCUGAGAACGAGCGGGGCCCCUUCCCCAAGAACCUGGUCCAGAUCAAAUCCAACAGGGACCGAGAAGGCAAGAUCUUCUACAGCAUCACUGGGCAGGGGGCAGACAUGCCUCCCGAGGGUGUCUUUACCAUUGAGAAAGAGACAGGUUGGAUGAAAGUGACCCAACCCUUGGACAGAGAAGCCAUCGACAAGUACCACCUUCUGUCGCACGCCGUGUCUGAGAAUGGGAAGCCCGUAGAGGAGCCAAUGGACAUCAUAGUCACGGUCACCGACCAAAAUGACAACAGGCCCCAGUUCACCCAGGAGGUCUUCAGGGGGUCUGUCUUGGAAGGAGCAACGCCUGGGACCUCCGUGAUGCAGGUCACCGCCACGGACGCUGACGACGACAUAGAGUCCUACAACGGGGUGGUCGCCUACUCCAUCCUGGGCCAAGUGCCGGGGGAGCCCGAGAAGCAGAUGUUCGCCAUCAACAGGGAGUCAGGCGCCAUCAGCGUGAUCGCCAGCGGCCUGGACAGGGAGAGAGUGCGGGAAUAUACGCUCGUCCUGCAAGCUGCUGACUUGGACGGCAAAGGGCUGACCACCACGGCGUCUGCGGUGAUCGAAAUUGGGGAUGCCAAUGACAAUGCCCCCCAGUUCAGCCCCUCAACGUACACAGCAGAGGUGGCAGAGAACGAGGCCGACCUGGAGGUUGCAAGGCUGUCUGUGACGGACAUGGACGAGGCUGGCUCGGCCGCGUGGCGCGCCGUGUACAAAAUCGUGCGUGGUGACGAAGGGGGCUUCUUCCGCGUAUCCACCGACUCUGAGAGCAACGAAGGCAUCGUGGAAACCGCCACAGCCUUGGACUUUGAGAGAAAGAAACAGUUUGUGCUGCAGGUGGCCGUCACCAACGAAGUCCCCUUUGUCGUGAAGUUGCCCACCUCCACAGCGACUGUGACUGUCAACGUGAGGGAUGUGAACGAGGCGCCCAUCUUUGAUCCUCCGGUCAAGGUGGCCGAAGUCUCGGAGGACGUCCCUCUGGGGCACCAAGUCACGGUGUACACCGCCCGAGACCCAGACAGAAUGCAGUCCCAGAAAAUCAAGUACUUUGUGGAGAAUGACCGGGCAGGCUGGCUCGCCAUCCACCCGGAGAGCGGCAUCGUCACCACCAGGGCGGCCCUGGACCGGGAGUCCUACCUUGUGAAGAACAACACCUAUGAGGCCAUUGUGCUGGCUGUGGAUGAUGGCAGCCCCCCAGCAACUGGGACAGGGAUCCUCCUGCUGACUCUGCUGGACGUGAACGACAACGCUCCCGAGCUCGACCGCCAGGAGAUCAUAGUCUGCAACAGUGAGCCCGAGACGCAACACCUGCGCAUCCUGGACAAGGACCAGCCCCCCAACACAUCCCCCUUCCGCGCAAGGCUCACAAACAACUCGGAUGAGAACUGGGCCGUGGAGAUGGAUGACAGAGGAGAAGUGGCGAUGCUGAGGCUGCUGCAGCCCUUGAAGGCAGACACCUACAGCGUUUACCUCCAGCUCUUUGACAACCAGGGCAAGGGCCAGGCCACCGUCCUCAAGGCCACCGUCUGUGGAUGCAACGGGAUAGGGCCCGUGGAUCGGUGCCCAGUGGGGCACGCGGCUGCCCUCGGGGCUCCUGCGAUCCUGGCGAUCCUGGGGGCCAUUCUGGCUCUGCUGAUCAUCCUGCUGCUGCUGCUUCUCUUUGUGCGGAGGAGGAAGGUGGUGAAGGAGCCGCUGCUGCUCCCGGAAGAAGACACCCGGGACAACAUCUUCUACUAUGGCGAAGAGGGCGGAGGGGAGGAGGACCAGGACUACGACCUCAGCCAGCUGCACAGAGGCCUGGAUGCCCGUCCGGAAGUCAUCCUCCGUAAUGACAUCGUGCCCACCCUCCUGCCAGCGCCACAGUACCACCCACGCCCCACAAACCCAGAUGAAAUUGGCAAUUUCAUCCAUGAGAACCUGAAGGCGGCAGACACGGACCCCACGGCGCCCCCCUACGACACGCUGCUGGUGUUCGACUUUGAGGGCAGCGGCUCCGAGGCCGCCUCCCUCAGCUCCAUCGCCUCCGCCAGCUCGGACCAGGACCAGGAUUACGACUACUUGAAUGAGUGGGGCAGCCGGUUCAGGAAGCUGGCUGACAUGUACGGGGGAGGAGUGGACGACUGAGGCGGGCACACGGAUCCUGCACGGAAGAGGCCGGAGGGUCCUGGCUGUUCCCCACCACCCCCUGAAGACCAGCGCACCCUCUGUGCAGCCAGGCUCACGCCGGCCACUCUAUGCCAAAUCUCCUGCCCCUCAGCCGGACGUGGGUGGCCCCCUCGUGGCUUUCCGAGACUGCGGCGCUUGCCUCCGCUUCCUCCUCCUCCUCCUCCACCUGCCCCGGGUGGUUCACUCCCUCUGAGCUGCCUUCAUGACCCUGCCCAAGUGCUUCCGGAGAGACCCCAACCCCUGGCUGAGGAGCCCGUUGGCAGGGAGGCCGGCCCCCAAGCCCCCCAAGAGACUCUGCCCGGUUCUUGCCGCCUGUGCUGAGCCAGCAGCCCCGUGCGAGGAUGAAUCCUCUGGCUUGUCCCUCCUUCUCCCCACUGCUCAGCCCCCCAAGUGCUGGCAGCCCUCCUGGAAACCGUUUGCCUCUUUUAUAAAUGACCAUAGGUCUCUUGUUUUUUUGUACUGUGUGGGGAGUAGACUGGGUAAUAAGCUAAAGAACUGGACAAUCAGGGUGUAAAGAUUUAAUAAAGGUUUUCUUUUUUAAUUUCGGCGUGGGGCAUGUGCGUGUGUCCGGGGAGCAGGUGCAGGUCGGGUUUGGAGGUCAGCAGGUGGAAUGUGGUUGUGUAAUAGGGGGGCUGCCCUGGAGUGGAGCAGCAGCUUCUAGGUUGG